UUCGAUGUUCGUGAGGAUGAAGAGCAAUUCGUUAAGCUGCAGGAUACCAUUGAUUUGCUUGUGGCUGCCGGAUAUUUCAGGGCUCGUUUCAAGGCGUUAUCACCUUUCGAUAGGGUAAUCGGAGGAAUGGUUUGGUGCAUAACGCUGUGCAAUCGAUCUGUUGAUGUGGAUUUGUUCUACUCAGAAAAUUCAACGAUCGGUCAAAAAAUCGCCUUAACCGAACGUGUAGUCGAAGUAUUGCCACAACUGAAAUGUCCUUAUUCAAUCGAACCACAUCAAAUACAAGGACUCGAUUACAUACAUAUAUUUCCAGUGGUUCAGUGGUUAGUGAAGCAAGCAAUUGAAGCAAAAUCUAGACGUGGUGAUACCUUGCAAAAUUAUGCCAUUCAUCAGUUUGCUACACGUUUUCGUCGACUUUUACCAGAAGAAGGAGAAAAAUGUGAAGAUGAAGUGGUUUUUACAAAGCAUCGAGCAAACCUGAAAGCACAGUGCUCACCGUUACGUGUUUAUAGACGUACAAAUGGUUAUUGUUCAAGUGCGGCAAACGAAUGUGAUUUACAUAAAGAUGUCGAAGCAACAAUCAUGGAAUAUACGGCAACACGACAACCAUACUCACUCACAACUGUACCAUCGUCGAGUCAGAAACGAAAAUCCUGCAAAGAGGAGAACAAAGACAGCGAACGAAAAGGACAGCAAGAAGGACGAAAAACAGAUAGAAUCUAUGCUGAAACGGGUGGUUCAAAACAAACCGAGAUGGCGUGCAAACGAGAUGUUGGAAGGGAAGAUGAAGGUGUACUGCAAACAACGUCAAUAAUACCAGUUUGUUCAGAUGCAGAACGAAUCUCGAUUGGUGCAUUAGCGAAUAUUAUUGACGUGAAAGCAAUUGACGAGGCUUCGGCGGGUAUCGAUACGGUGAUACAUGAAAGUCACAAAGGCAUUGAAGGUGAUGAGUUGGGUAUUAUGAGGACACGUGUAAUGCUUGAUGAAGCCGAACAAGAACUAGAGCGGUUACAUGAAGAUGAGAAACGAUUGGAUGACGAACUAUUCACGGCCACUGAGGUGGAAACGAAUCUGCUCGAAGAAAUUCGCGAGUUAGAGCAUAAAAUUCAAGCACAUCUUGAAUUUGAACAGUCCGUCGAUAAAGAGUUCGUCAACAUAUAUCCAUUUAAAAUUCAUGUGUUUGUUUCGCUAUUGAUUUACAGGCUGGUUGAUCGACUGACACAACUGAUGGCUGAACACGACGAGCUGCGUAAUCGUGAGUCAACAUUCAAAACGAAUUGCAAACGCGAAUUGCUGCGAAUGCAACAACAAUUAGAAAAGAUCGUUGAAAGUCGCGGCAAUGAACGUCGUUCGUGCGAGCUGUUGGAAUCUCAUCAGGAAUACGAAGAGGCAAAGGAACACUUGGAGAGGAUGCGUCUUCAAGCAGCUUCCAUCAAUCGCUCAAUAGCCGUGCAGCAACGUCGUCUCGAUUCGGUUCCAUCCCAAAUUGAAAUCAGUCAGUAUCAGCGGCGAAUCAUUGAACUCUAUAAUCAAAUGGCUUCGAAGCAUCGUGAAACCAAACAAUUCUACACUGAGCACAACACUUUAUUAGACGUUAAAGCGUAUUUGCAACGUGAAAUUGAUCUACUGAAUAGCAUUGAGGAUGUGCAGCAGCUUACUUCAAAGGAAAGCUAUAAGGAAUCGUUCAUUGAAAAUUUGGAGCAUGUGCUCAAAGGUGUAGAUGCCACUUUGGAUAAAGUAUCUUCAAAGCAAAAACAGUUACGAAGUGAGCGUGAACAGUUGAGUGAUGAUUAUCAGUAUUUGUUGGACAAGGAACGUCUCUAUCAUAAGACGAUCGAUGAUUUCAAAAAAGUAAUCUGCGAAAUUUCAUCACUUUCAAUCGUAUCACCAUUCUGUUCGAUCAAUCACAGUCUUCGAUUAAUAAUGAAAAAUUCACCAUACAAUGAAUCAUUAAUAAUGCCCAUUCCCAUACCUUCCUUCCCUUAA